AUGGCUGUUGGCCUGGAAAACAAGAUCGUUCAGUAUCCCGAUGAUGCAACACUUGUGGGUGUCGUAAAGUCUCCGCUUAUGAGAAAUGAAGCUACCCUUAGUCUCAGUCGGGACAUGGAGCGGAUUAGUGAAUGGUCUAGAACGCAUCGGGGCAUCAGUAUAACAAGUGAUACAGGAAGAAGAUUGAAGACAAGUAAACUCAUUGAAGCCAUACUUGAAGCUCAGACUACUGAAUCCAUCGCUGAAAAUGCAUCUGCUGUCAUUUUAGCCCUUAAUGAGAGUGCCAGAAGCAAGGAUCUGUUUGAGGAGGAAGAAGAGCCUGUUGCUUCUGAGGAGCUUAUAUCAGAAAUUCAGUUCCCAGAAGAUUUGGAGGAGAAGGUUACAUCUGUGGUACCUGACAGCAAACUUAAGGAAGACUGUGUUGAGCCUGAGCCUCCAAACGCUGAACAGAAGAGCACUCGUAAGCGCAAGGGAACAUUUGAUGUUAAUGAAAGUUCUGAAAAUGAUAGUUCCAAUGGAAAGAAGAAAGGUGAGCAUAGACGUACAGGGACGUACGAAGUUCAUGAAGGUGACAAGUUAGAAGAUGUUGCUCCUGCACCAAAGCGUCGUAGAACAUCCACAUUCGAGGUCAAUUCAAUCAGUGAAUCCCAAGAUGCAGAUAAAAAGAUUGCACCAAAGCGCCGUAAAACAUCCACAUUUGAUGUCACCUCUACCAAUGAAUCCAAUGACGCUAUAAAAAAUGCUGAUGUUGACAAGGUCCAAGAAAAUAGCAGUCACCUAGAGGCCUUAAGGAAUAAUAUUUCAAAUGAUGCACAGGUUUCUGUAAAUUCCCCAUCUUCUUCACAGAAUGGAUCUUUACCGAAGCUCAACUUGAGAUCCAGAUCAGUUGUUAUUAAAUCUAAGACCAAAGAGUCUACAGUGUCCCAAACCAUGGAAGAAGACAAGUUAGACCCUGCUCCUGCAAGUGAGACUCCAGACCCUGCUCCUGCAAGUGAGACUCCAAAACCAUUGAGAAACGAAAAGAGGCAAAGUAUAAGGCCAACAAACCCGGGGAGUGUAAGGAAGUCUGGAUCUCUGCCAGAAAGGUUGGUCACAGGAACACCAAUUUUCUCAAGGAAGUCUGGAGUAAUACCAGCAAAAUCAGGAACUCCAACACCUAGCAGAUCAAGAAAGACUGAAGUAACAUCACAAAAUUUAAAUAAGAUGACACCAAACGUCUCAAGAAAAUCAGGAAUGGUAUCAGUAAAACUAGCUGCAGGUACCCCCAACAGUUCAAGAAAGUCAGGAUUGGGAUCUGGAAUGUUAGCUGCAGGUACACCUAACAACUCGGAAAAAUCUGGAGUGGUAUCAACCAAACUUCCAAAUGGUACACCAAAAACUGAGGGGAAAGGCCAGGAGACAUCUAAGAUAAUGAAACCACUUUUCAAUGUUGGCAGAGGCGAUGCUCCAGCAGAAGAUGGAAAAGAGGCCAGGGUCGCAGGUUCUGGUAUUCCACGUUUUGUGUCUUUUGCACGCAAAUUGAAAGUACCUAAUUUUGCCAAGAUCCACGAAAAAGCAUUCAAUCGCAUGGAAGCUCUGGAUGACUACAUUGACAAGAAGAAGAAAAUGUUCGAUCAUCAGAGUAGUGCAACUAAAAAACCAAGGCCUAGGCAUGCAUCAGGAGAAGUCUUCAAACCCACAGUUACCUCUGUUGAAAAUGUCAGCUUAAACUUUGCAGGAAAUUCUGCCAAAUCAGGGAAAACUCCAGUUGGAAAAUCACCCAAGUUUAAUUUUGGGGCUUUGAAAUCUCCACAGACCAGCCAUAAAGUGUCAAAGUCUGCAAAGAAGUCUCCAAAAUCAGCAUCAAAAUCACAAAAUACACGUUUGAAGUCGCCUAAACACCUAAAGUCUCCUAAAGUGAAGUCGCCUAAACACCUAAAGUCUCCUAAAGUUACAUCUAAGAAGUCACCAGGUGCUUCAACUGUAAGCAAAAAGGUGCCUUUAUCUGCACGUAAGAGUUCUUUUGCCCUGAAAGCAUCUCCUAAAGCUCAUCACAGCAACAUACCAAAGCCCCACAAGGAAAAUGUAAAACCAGGUUUUGGACCUUUAGCAACUCCUGCUCAAGUUAAAGCAACUGGUAUUGGUAAUCCAGCCAAAACACCAGGAUCCAGCCUGAAGGGAAAAGAAUUGAAUUCAAAAUCAUCAAACAAGAAGCCUGCCACUACAUAUGUUCCAUAUAAGGGUGCUCUCAAGCCAAGGAAUACUGUAGAUAUUCAUAAAACUAUGAGUGAAAAGAUUCCACCUGUGAAAACUAUAAAGGAGAGACGAGAAUAUCAGAACAAGAUACUUAAGGGUGUGAGGUUUAAUAAGAGAUUUGAGCUUCAAAUGGCUAAGAGAGGAAUAGACAUAACACAGUAAUGUGUAAAGGUUAUGCUACUCCUGUAUUUAGUGACUUAUGACUUAGUAGUGACUUAUAUAACAUAAUAAUUAAAUUCUGAAAAAUAUAUAUGAACUACUGUAUAUUGUUUAUUGAGUAUGGUUAUCUGUAGUGGUAAAUGUAGCUUUUAAAGUAUGUAUAGAGAUAUAGGAAAGUAAGUAGUUUUAAUAAUUUUUAUUAGAUAGAAUUUUUGUGUACAGUAUACAUAUUUUGUUUCAAACAUCGGCACCAUUCUCGAUUUGGAAAUUUAUAUUCCAAUGUGCAGAAUCAUUUUUUUUUUGUAUAACCAGCUCUUUAGAGUACUGUAACUGAGAAGUAGAGUUUGUGUAAUAAUUGUAAAGUUAAAGUAUAUUUGCUUUCAGUUAGCUGUCCUUCCAAAUAAAAUAUAUUUUAUUUGUAUAACUUCCUUCUCUUGGGCAUACUAUCUUCUUGUUUGUAUAUACUGUCAGGCUUAGGAUUUAAGCUUUUCAAAGAAAACUCAUAAUCACAUGAGUCAAUAAAAUGGGAAAGUAAAUCCACAGUAGUAUGCCUGCUUGAGUUUGUUAUUUAGAAUAUAUACGUACAGCAGAAAGCUUACGAUGACCUGCACGGUCCUCCUUGUAAAUCAGAUUGACAAGGAUGACUGUGCAGGUUAUCAAAAGCUUUCUGCUGUAUAUAUUUUAAAUGACAAAAACAGGCAUACUACUGUGGAUUUACUUUCCCAUUUAAGCUUUUGCUAUCAUGAAUAAGUUUCAGUACAUAACUAAGUAGACUUUUGUACCUGUUCAGCUUGUAAGCUGUAUUUACUAUUAACUAAGUUGAAGUAUUUUUUGAAGCUUUCAAUAAAGGCUAACAUCAGG